CGCUGAGAUUCGUGAGUACACCGGUUUACCCGAUGUUGAUUCCUCCUCGUCUUUUUCGGUCCUGACCGUGACUAGAGACGAGGCUCCUCCAUCCUCGGGACCUUCAGAUGUACCCGUAGAGACUCCAUAGACACAUGAGGAGCCUAUUCAGCCUCCUGUUAUGGAGCAGCCUAUAUGUUCCCCUGUUGUUCAGAGCCCACGGACGACAGACCAUCCUGGAUUGGAGGACCACCCUAGCGUGGAGGAGCAUCCUGGAGUGGAGGACUGCACUACCCAUCAUACCACCGAGCAGUGUCCCUCAUUCGUAUCACCCAGUAUUUUUACAUCUGAUGCUACCUUAACGCACUGGGGUGCUACGAUUUUACGUGAGAUAUUGAGUUUUCACGACGAUAUCUCUUCCCAGAUGACCCGAUUAUGUGACGAUGUCUCUUCCCAGAUAACUCGAUUUGAGGAUCGUAUGACUUGUUUGAAGGACAUCGUCACGCGUACAUAUCCAGCCUCCGUCGCUCAGGAGAGGGACAAGGAUAUCCCACCGACAUCCCCCAUUGAUACCGCAAUACCAUCCUGUCACCCACACGAGAUCCGGUAGUCGCCCUGAGGACUCACCAGUUAGUCCUUCUGUUGCAUCGAUCGAGGGUUCUCCCCGUACACCUUCCCCGGAAGUUC